AUGAAGUUCACGCAAACGGAAAUUCUGAGUUCGUACUCACCCGUGGUGGAAGCAAAGAAAAACAACUUUGAUCAAGGGAAAGCGCAGGUGCUCAUCGGAUGCGAAGCAAUUGCUGACCGCGAAGGACUCUUUACUGUGUACAGCAUCGUGACAGACUUCAUGAAGUGGGAUAAAGCGGUCGCAGCGUGCUAUCGACUCUACUACGCAACCAUUGCCUUCUGGUUCCAAGAUGUUUUCAAGAUCACUGAGAAAUGUCUGCUACCACUUAUCGGAGAUGGUUUGCGCGAUUCCCAAUAUACAAGGAUGGCGUACUCACCAGAACUAUAUCUCUCUACCAAAGAGCGCAUUAAAGCAGCACAGAAGCGCACACAAGAAUAG